AUGGCCGAUUGCCCGAGGUUUCUGUUUCUUGAAAUCCAAGGUUCGGUCAUGGAUCAUGCAUCUACUCUGGCCUACUUGGGAAGGUACCUCGAUCAUGCCCUCCGAAACAGCAUCGACAAAGGAUUGCCAAUGAUUGCCAUGUCUCCGAUUCAAGGAAAAUUCAGCUCUAUGCUUGUGACCUUGAGUUCAGCUAGGCAUGUACUUGAAAUUAGGACUUUAGGAGCCUACUCCAGUAUCUGGCUAGCAAGACAUAUGAAAGGGAGAGGAACAAUUACAAGCCUUGAAAUUGAUCCUCAUCGACGUGAUGUAGCAAUUGAAAACUUACAAUUUGCUGGCAUCAAAGUUCCUGACGAGGUCGAUGUACAACUCGGGGCGGCCCUGGAUAUUCUCCCACGACUGAGGAGCGAAAUUGCCAGCGGACAAAGACCCUUGUUCGAUUUCGUAUUCAUCGAUGCGGAUUGGGGUAAUCAAGGAAGAUACUUUGAGUACGCUGUUGAGUUGACAAGUAAGGGAGGUGUGAUUUACGUGGAUAAUGCUGUCAGAAACCUGGUAGAGAAUGGGAUGCCUAAGGAUGGUCAGUCUGAGGAGGAUGUUGAUAACUUGGUAAAACAGGUUGGAUUAGAUGGCCGGGUAGAUGCUGUAGUGCUGCAAACAGUUGGGGCAAAGGAGUAUGACGGAUUUUUGCUUGCUGUUGUAAAGUAG